CCCUAAAAUAACGCUUACAUUUGAAAACUUGAAAGUUGAAACCCAAAAACACUUUCAGAAUUCAGACAGUGACACUCACAUUACACAGCUUCAAAAACAUUCCUUCUUACUCUGUAAAGUUAAUUAAGCUAUGGGAAGAAGUUUUAGUCCAACACUGUUGCGAGAGCUAGAAAAUAUUGACAAAGAUCCAGAUAGCUACAAAUCAGUGAUGAGAUCAUUGAAGUCAUAUGUGAAAGAUUUGGACUUCGAGGCAAUUCCGAUCUUUGUUGCACAAGUUUCCGAGACUGCGAAAAUUGGCUCCUUAUCUAAGGAGCUCACAGUUUCUCUCUAUGAAGUUCUUGCACAGGUUCAUAGUGUCAAAAUUGUUCCAAUGAUAGGUAGUAUUAUGCAAUCCAUAGUUCAGACCUUAGCAUCAAGCGCAGGAUCUUUACAGAUUCAGGAAGCUUGCUCAAAGGUGGUUCUAGCUAUUGCAAGAUAUGGAAUUGACCCAACAACCGCAGAAGACAAGAAGAGGAACAUAAUUUGUUCGCUUUGUAAGCCUCUAUGUGAUGGACUCUCGAGUACUCAGGAGUGUUUGACCUCCGGUGCUGCGCUCUGCUUGAAGGCUCUAGUGGAUUCAGACAACUGGCGGUUUGCCUCUGUUGAAAUGGUUAACAAGGUUUGCCUGAAUGUGGCUGCGGCGUUAGAGGGAAAGUCUCAGGCCAAUGCACACAUGGAUUUGGUUAUGUCCUUAGCUAAGUCCAAUCCUUUGAUUGUUGAAGCCUAUGCAAGACUACUCAUACAAGCAGGACUAAGAAUACUAAAUGCUGGAGCUGAGAUAUUGGAAGCGAAUUUUCAGAAGCCACUUGCAGCCAUUCAAAUGGUGAACUUGUUGAUGAAAUGCAUAGACCCCAGGAGUAUUUUCUCAGAGUUAGAACAGAUAAUUGAGAAGAUGGAGAUCUGUCAAUUUGACAACAUGGCAUGUGUCAAAGAUGCUGCGUAUGAAGCUCUGCAAACUGCCAGGAGAAUUACGGCAAGCAAAAAAUCAUGUGUAAAGAGUCCUGCAUCAGUAACAGGGUCAAAUUUUAGGAGUGACUGUAUGGAAGCAGAUAGUUUUUAUGGUGAUGAAGAUCAUUCUCCUACUGCAUCUAUUUCGCCAGAACCACGAACCUUGGACUUUUUUCCUGGAUAUGAAUAUGCAGUGAAGUCUCCUAUUUUAGCGAGUCAACCUUUGCAGCACUCAAAAUAUAGUCGAAGGGGUGUGAACCGGAAGCUUUGGAGUCAAGAAAAUGGACGGAUUGAUGUGUCUCUCAGAGAUGGUUUGUUCUCAGCUGUAGCUCAGGAAAAUGCCUGGUCGGGACACACUGAGAAUCCGUUUUGUAAUCAAGCAAGAAAUUUAUCAGACGAGUUUGCUGGUUUCGUGAACAUGAAUUCUUGUCAUAGAGUAUCCAGAAGUACCACCACAAGUCCCCGAAGAUCACAGAUUGGAGUUAAUUCCGACACCAUGAACAUCUGUAUGACCCCUCGGAAGCUCAUUCACUCUCUAGAAGAUCCAGAUGCCGAGACUUCGUGUUGCUCCAACAGGCAGAGCAGACGGUUCAGGAGUCUAUCGACCAGCAAGGUGGAGAGGAGCCAAAGAUCCAACUUCGAACAUGACCAAAAUGGUUUCACAGACUAUGUGAACUGCGAUUGUAAUCCGAACGGAAGCUUAUUUGAUUAUGAUGAGUUCCAAGAUGGGCAAGAACCAGUCUCAUCAACAGAUGACAUUCCUGUUGGUUCUGCUUUGCAGGUGCCUCCUGAAAAUAGUGAUAACAUUGAGACGGUUUGCAUUCGAAAACCAUUUCAGAAGACUAAAUAUAAAGUGGUUUGUGGCAUUUCAUUUGCUCUUCUUGCAAUGGCUACUCCAUUACUCUGGAUCACCAAUCAGGAAGAUGGUCAUUAUCUUGUUCCUACAUAAUGUGUUCAUUCCUUGUUUACAGACUUAUAUUUUAAGAGCAUUUUAGGUAUACCUUUAUGUAAAGUAUCAGUCAAUUCCAACUGAAUGUUGGUAAGUUCAAUGUAGAUGUAAAGGAUCAAAUAAAGUUGAGCACUUCUCUCUUGAUUUUCUAUACAAAGUCACAAUUUAGGAAAAUGAAG